CGGACACCAACUCCCAGUUAUUUUGCGAUAGAAGCCAUUGCGGGUGGCUACGAGAGCGUACAUAUCAUAGACAGCCAUUGCAUAUGACGAAAGUUCCUGGUAGAAUCAAAUACGUAGAGCAUGAUUGUAACGCAGUCAUACAUCAUACCCAGCGCAUCUUUUAUCAAUGCUAUACAUUUUUCUCAUCAAGCCGGAUUGAGGAGAUUUAGGAUUUAUAGCAUGACGUUUUCGCGUUGCCGAACGCCUAAGUCGGCAUCUUAUCAUGUCAUUACGCCACAUACGCCACGCCAUUCAGCCUCUCGACUCCACCCUAUCCGUCAUCGCCAACCACCACUACCACAUCCACUAAACUCUACUACGUUUACGUUCCAGGUCCCUGAGAUGUCGAAGUAUGAGCGAACCCCUCAAAUCUAGAGCUCUAGACCCCCCGAUCGACAGAAUGUACCGCCAAGCCGGUCUACCGGUUCGCAGAAAACGAUGUCAGCCCUGCAAACUCAAGACAAGUGGUUCGAGCUAGGUGUACUCGGCCCAUGUCA